GUGAAAUUCGUAAAAUUUCUUGUAAAAUUUGUAAUGGAAUAAUCUCACGUUGUGAUAUUUUUAAUGAUAUACUCGAAUAACGAUGGAAAACAAUACGAAUGAUCGUGAUACACUUGUGGAAAGGCAAGGAAGCAUGAUAAUUAGUAGAAAGAAUUGUGGAAUGUUACUGUGUGAUUAUGAAUUACAGUUGCCUUUUGUUACGAUGUGCAAGCCAAAAUUCACUGGACGAAAGCUCUCAGAAACACAUACCACAAUCUCAUUACCAGAAAGAACGACCGCCAUAUCGCAACCACCUACACACACAAAAAGCCUUUGAUGUUAUGAACUCGAUGAGAAAGCAAAAAUUGCUUUGCGACGUGACCCUGGUGGCGAACACGGUAGAGAUACCGGCGCACAAAAUGGUGUUGGCGUCGUGUUCACCGUAUUUCUAUGCGAUGUUCUCGAGUUUCGAAGAGAGCAGACAGGACAGAAUUACACUCCAGGAAGUCGACCAUCAGGCACUGUCUUUGCUGGUCGAGUACGCGUACACGUCCGAGGUGCAAGUCACUGAGGAUAACGUGCAGGUAUUACUUCCGGCCGCGAAUCUGCUUCAGUUGACUGAUGUGAGGGAUGCCUGCUGUGAUUUUUUACAAGCGCAGCUCCAUCCGACCAAUUGUUUAGGUAUUAGGGCAUUUGCAGAUUUACAUGGCUGUUUAGAAUUAUUAACACACUCUGAGACGUACAUAGAACUACAUUUUCCACAAGUUGUAGAGUGCGAAGAGUUCUUGACUUUAUCUCAUCAACAAGUGUCAAAGUUAAUAUCCAGUGAUAGGUUAACGGUGCCAUCCGAAGAAAAAGUUUUCGAAUGUGUGAUAGCAUGGGUCCAACACGAUUUAGAAUGUCGCCAAAAACAUUUGUCAUCUUUAAUGGAACACGUGAGAUUGCCUUUGAUGACUCAAGAAUACUUAGUCCAGAGGGUUGAAGAGGAACCUCUGCUCAAGGCAGACCUCCAGUGCAAAGAUUAUCUCAUUGAGGCACUCAAGUAUCACCUCCUAAAAGGUGACACGAAAACUUCCUUUCGAACACCACGAACGAAACCCCGACAGCCCGUCGGAUUGCCGAAAGUACUGUUGGUCGUCGGCGGACAGGCUCCCAAAGCCAUAAGGAGCGUGGAAUGUUACGACUUCAAGGAGGAGAGGUGGUACCAAGUGGCCGAGAUGCCGACGCGACGGUGCAGGGCUGGUUUGGCGGUGUUGGGCGGAAAAGUUUACGCCGUGGGCGGAUUCAACGGUUCGCUGCGCGUCAAGACGGUGGACGCGUACGACGCGGCCCUGGACCUUUGGGCGGCGUGCGAGAGCAUGGAGGCGCGCAGGUCUACGUUGGGCGUAGCGGUACUCAAUAACUGCAUAUAUGCCGUCGGCGGUUUCGACGGCUCGACCGGUUUGAACACGGCGGAGAUGUUCGAUCCGCAGGUCGGCAAGUGGAAAAUCAUCGCGGCCAUGUCCACCAGACGAUCCAGCGUCGGCGUUGGAGUGCUUUACGGGCAACUCUAUGCUGUUGGUGGUUAUGAUGGAGCGUCUAGACAGUGCUUGAAUUCCGUUGAGUGUUAUACGCCUGAAACUGAUACGUGGACGACGAUUCCGGAUAUGUGUUCUAGGAGAAGUGGAGCUGGCGUGGGCGUUCUGGAUGGUAUCCUAUACGCAGUCGGUGGCCACGAUGGUCCCCUGGUCCGUAAAUCGGUCGAGGCGUUCGACCCGGCAAAAAAUCGGUGGUCAAUAGUCAGUGACAUGGCGCUGUGUCGCCGGAAUGCCGGCGUUGUUGCUAUGAAUGGUCUGCUAUAUGUGGUUGGCGGAGAUGACGGUUCCUGCAAUCUAUCCUCCGUGGAGGUGUACAAUCCGAAGACCGACAGCUGGACGAUGUUGCCCAGUUGCAUGAGCAUUGGACGUAGUUAUGCGGGCGUAUGUAUCAUCGACAAGCCCAUUUGAAGGUCGCCUCAUGCUGGCAACGGGGUCGCGGCAGGAUCAUCUCUUCAAGGAAGGUAUGCUAACUGCGACGAGAACAGCAGCGCCGAGGGCGCCGUCGGCUACGGUGGCCAACCGUCGACGUCGUCGUCGGCGACGUCCUCGUCUCACCAGCAGCCAGAGAACAUCUACGAGACGAUAUGCGGCGAGCCCGGU